AUGUUUUACUCAGAACAACUCCUGGCCAAGACCGGGCCUUUGGCUCGUGUCUGGCUCGCCUCCAAUGUCGAGCGCAAGCUCUCAAAAUCGCAAAUCCUACAAUCAGAUAUUCAGAGCAGCGUGGGUGCUAUUGUUGACCAAGGACAUGCCCCGAUGGCUCUUCGUCUAAGUAGCCAGCUUAUGCUGGGCCUGGCGCGGAUCUAUGGCAGAAAAGUGGUCUACCUGGAGGAUGAUAGUAAGGUAGCCUUGACUAACCUUAGAAGGACAUCCAAAUUGACUAAGAAUCAUGAUUUGCCUGCUCAUGCGACAGCCGCCGCUGAUCUGGAUCUGCCUGAAAUACUCACCGUCGAUGAUUUGUUCAACAUGGACUUGACAUUCACCAUGACCCAACAGCCGACCACCACAACAGGUCAGAGCCAACAGCUUGAGGAAGAUUGGACCAGCUCUCUCAAUCCCCAGCAAGGUCGCACAGAAUCGAUGCUCGCUCCGGACGAAGGAGCUUUUUUCAAUGACGACGACCUGAAUCUCGACUUUGGAGAAGACGACGGUAUGGACAUGAAUGAUACCACUGUCAGCAUGAAUGUAGGACGGAAUGCACAAACUCCGAGUCGCACUGGUGAUGAGGAGGGUCUUCUUUUUGACGACGACGCGGGCCUCAACCUGGAUUUUGGCGAAGACAUACCAAUGCCCGAUCAACCACAUUCACCAAUCUCCUCUGUCGACGAUGAUGAAGUGCCUGCGUUUGGAGGUGAUGAAACUGUGCAUCUACAAGAAGCGGCCGCUCGUGGUCGAGAUUCGGAAUCUCCCUUGUCAGAAGCUGAUCCCGAGGUGCUUCGCGAACUCGAUCAGACGUUCCAGGAGCAACGGGAGGAAGACAUCGAAGAAGUGGCGGUCCAGCAGCGCCAAAGGAGUAGGAAGCAAAAACCCAUCGCCCCCGAUGCUGAAACCAUUCUCCCCCAUUCGCAGUUCAAAGCCCCAGCAGAGGAGCGAUCGAAAAUCUUGCGCCCUCCGUCACUUCUUCCUCGGGACCCUCUUCUACUGGCACUAAUUAACAUGCAGAAGAAUGGCGACUUUGUCUUGAACGCAAUGAAUGACGGACGGUCAAAGAAUUGGGCGCCGGAACUCCAGGGUCUUUUGUCGUUCGAAAUAGUCACGAAAUCCGGCCAACUCAAGCGGAAACGAGACAGCGGCAUCGCUGGAUUGAGCGAGGAUGAGCACAGUGAAAAGUCCCCACGACUUGAAGGCCCAGGUGAUGACAUAGAGGACGAGGGUGUCGAGCUCGCCGAUGCUUAUCGCGACAUCACCCUGGAAGAGGGCCCACAACCCAUGAGUGAGGGAGGCACAGCCUUGGAUGAUAUAGUCCGGGACAAAGAUGAUGGAAGUAAUUUUGGUGGUGACGACACCUUUGACGAUACAACCAUGCCACUUAUUCAUCCUGCAGACAGUGGUCCUAUCUCAGUUGGCACGCAGCAUGCAGUCCAUCUCCUGCGUGAGCGACUUGGCGAUGCUGGGGGUGUCCAUCCAUCCUCGCCGACCAAGAAAUCCGUGCUUCUACAAACUUUGGUACCAGAAGGUCGAACAAGCAAAGAAGAUGCCACCAAGAUGUUCUUCGAGGUUCUGGUGUUGGCCACCAAGGACGCAAUCAAGGUCGAGCAGGGCGACAAAGCAAUUGGAUUACCUGUGCGUAUCAGAGCGAAGCGAGGACUGUGGGGAUCGUGGGCAGAGACAAGCCCAGGCGAUGAUCCUGCUGCCACCACAGCUUCUCAGCAAGUGGCUACAUCGGCCUGA